CACGGCUCAGGAUCUACACUGGACAUCCGAGUAAGCCAAGACUUUGAAUCGCGGGAGAAGAACACGACAACCCCGCUCUUUCUAGCGAUCUGCACGCCUUCCUUUGCCGUCAAGCCCAUCCAGUCUUGCCAGUUGCUUGCCAAGCUUGAAAUUUGAAAAGCGUUUGCUUUUCGGGAAAGAGAGGGAAGUGGGAGACACUGGGAGACAGGAGGAGGGCGCCGGAGAGAGGCAGAGAGUCCGUGACAAACGCACGCCAUGUCUAUCGUAAACGUCACCAACGUCGUCGUCCUGGACAACCCCACCGCCUUCAAGAACCCUCUCACUUUCGAGGUCACCUUCGAAUGCCUCGAAGCGUUGGAUGCUGAUCUGGAGUGGAAAGUGAUCUACGUCGGAAGCGCGGAGGACACUCAGUAUGACCAGGUGCUCGAGGAAGUCGACGUCGGCCCAAUCCCGAUCGGCGUCAACAAGUUCGUCCUCACAGCAGAAUCGCCCGACCCGGCCACGAUCCCACCGACUGACCUGGUGGGAGUGACGGUGACGCUCAUCACGUGCUGCUACAAGCAGAGGGAGUUCAUCCGCGUGGGCUACUACGUCAACAACGAGCACAACGACCCCGCCGUCAACGCAGAGAUCCAGGAGGGACGUAUUCCCCCAGCCGAUACGCUGGACCCGGCGCACAUCACGAGGAAUAUUCUGGCAGACAAGCCCCGCGUCACGCGCUUCCCGAUCGACUGGAACGCGGCUCCCGGGGAAGCAGGGGCUGCCGCCGCUGCUGCCGCCGCCGCCGCCGCCGGUGCUGAUGGGGCGGCUGCUGACGGUGCAAUGGAUGAGGACGACGAGAUGGGGGUGGACAACGGGGUAGAUGAGGGAGAGGGGGCGGCCGCGGUUGCAAGCGCAGGAGGAGAGGGAGAGGGCUCCGAGAGCAUGGGAUCGGACGGGGACGAUGACGAGAGCGUCGAUUCCGACGGUUCAGGGGACGCGAUGGCCGACGAGGCCGAUGCUGAUGCCGAUAUGGACGCGGAUAGCAGCGGCGCCGAGGAGAUGGAAGACGUUGCAGGGGACGAGGCGAGGGCCGGGACGGCGGCAAUGAGGGGGGCGGCGGCGGCGGCGGCAGUGGCGACGGCCACGCCAGUGGCGGGAGGGUUGUCGACAAGAGUGCUGUCGGCGGCGAGCGACCCAAACGAGAACAUCCAGCCGAUCGUUUUGCCCAACAGCGGAUCAGCACCAGCAAGUGCUACGCAAGUGGCGGCGGUGGCGGAACAGGUUAGCUGCGGGAAAGCGGACGGGAUCGCAGCAGCACCAGCGGCGACAACAGCGUGACGUACCGCUGUCGCCGGUGGUGUGAGGCGAGGCAUGGCUUUCUGAGCUGUAGCGCGGCGUUGCGUUUCGUUCGCUUCGGUCUCGGCAGGCCCUGCAGCCGGAGGUCGCUCGAUAGGUGAUGCUGCAGCAACGGCUGCUCACGUGCCAAAGCGCCCCGUUCUCCUGCCAAAUGGCGAGGGAAAAUGAAACGUGGCCUCAUUCGCGCUCUGUGGAGAAUGCAAUGGAUCGAUGUCGUCGCUCAUUUUGCCGGAAAUUUCGUUUCGUGACUAAUGUGCAUAGCUUGACCUUGGUUGAUGUGUUCCGAGGGCAGUUCUUAUGUGGCAGCUGCCCCGAGGAGGAAUCGAGACGAGAGGUCGAUCAUCUUGCGGGCUGUUGGCCGACAUAGACUAAGGCGGGGAUGCCGCACGAUCGGACAGGAGCGUGUCAAUUUUACGGGUGUUUCAGUAGACAUAAUACGUAAGCUACGUGGGCUUUGUUGUGGCACACCAGCCGCGCGCCUGGUGGCUCUUUACACGAGAUGCAUACAGCUUCGGUCGGCAUCCAUGUCCGCAACGCUAGCUCGGUCGGCUUGAGUGUAGUAUGUAUGGUGGCGCGAUUGGCGAUUGCACAGCCGCCGCACCGAUGAACACGCUGACACCACGUGUAUACGUGUAUGGUGUACGU